AUGAAUUCUUAAAAUAAAGAUCAAAGUGCUAAUUAAGCCUCAUAGUUCAAUGAGCCCUAAGUCAUUCAUAGAACUGCUAAUUGUAUCAUCUAUGGGGGAUAAUAGCCUUAGUCAAAAAUGCAAAAGCACAGAGAUUUGUCCAAUAAAGGCUGGAUGGCAGCUCAUGACAAACCUUAUGUGGCACUUGGGGAGUUUUAAAACGUAAUAAGUGUAAUGGAAGGACUCAAAUCUUCUAUUCCUCAUGCAAAGGAAAUGACUGCAGAAACAUAGAAGAUGAUUUCAAAAGUUAAAAGACAGUAGAAUCCUCUAUUCAGAAGUGGAAGACCAGAUAGAACCUUAAGAAUAUUGGCUAAGUUGCCAGACGGUCAGAGUUUAACUCGGGCUAUGAAUAAAUAAAUAAAUAUAAAUCAAAACUUCAUUGAUUUGCAAGUCAUUGGAGAAGUCGACUCAACGAGUAUAAUGAAGAAGAUGAAAGCGAUUGAAGAGCAAUUCUUUACUACUGCUAGUAACUUCAAUGAGAACCAGAUGAAGCAAUAAUAGUAAAAAUAAAAUCUCUUACAGAGCAAAAUCAAUGAAGAAAUUUCAACUUCCUACGAAGUCAAUACACUGUCAAAUUAAAGAUUGAUAACCCCUGCUUUGAAAAAAUUGAUGAAUGCAAAAGAUGCAAGUGGAAUGCUCAAAGAUGAAAUUCAUGAAAGCUAAUUAAGAUUGAAGGCAGCUAAGUAUGGCCAUAAGCUUGAUGAGAUAGUUCCGCCAUACAAUCACUCAUUUUAUUUGCCUGAUAAAUCACUCUACUUUGAAAAAUCUAACCCUUCCUUUAAACAAUCAAAUAGCGUGAACAGAUAAAGUGCUGGCAAAACUAUGUAUAACUUAAAUAAAUCAUUUAACCAUUCAAGCAACAACAGAAAUAAUGAUUUGGAUAAAAACGGGAUUUAUAAUAACUCUGCUUUUAUUACUGAACCUUCUUAUUAGCAGAAUUCCUAAGAACAUAAUAAUGAAAAUUCCAAGGGUGCUCCUAUUGAAAGUCGUAGGGGUUAAAAUGUUGCAGAUUAUCUUAAAAUGAGAGCAGGAUUACUUAAGGAUCCAAAAAAUGAAACAAUGAGAGAUCAUUCAAACAUAUCUGAAAACAACAAAAAUAGGUCGUUCUUUAGUUAAAAGCCAAUGAAUACCUCCUAUAAUGCUCAUAUUAACAAUAAUAACAGCUAAAUGAACAAAACCUUCAAAACAUUUGAUGGAGGACAUAACAAGUUGUCACCACGUAAACCUUAAAAGUUAAAUGAGCUAAGUCUUAAAUAUAAGUAAAAUCAUCUGUAAAACUAAAGUGAAUUAGUAGAUGAUCUUGAUUAAAACAGGACAAGGCUACCCAAAGUAAACGACGGCUAAGGUAUCUCUCGAAUGGGUGGGCUUUCAAAUUUCAAUACAAAUAAUGAAAAUAACAUAAAGUUUGUGUCAAUGAUUGAUAGUAAGCCUGUAAACCCCCCAUAUUUGAAUCUGAUCCCAUUAAAAAACUUUAGCAAAAAGGAUUAAGAACUAAGUAGAAUUUCAAUGAAAGAACAGACUAAUAAUAAUACUAAUAUAAUUCCUGAAGAAACUACCAAAACAGGAAACAAUCUUAAUUGGAAUAAAAUGCUACAUGAAGAUUUAGAUGAUAUGUUAAAGAACAAGGUAGAAAAACUAUAUGAAGAGAUGAUAAGAAAAAGAAUAGAGAUGAACAAGAGAAGAACUAUGAUUGAAGCAAUGAGAGGGGAGAAUCUAAAUACUACUUUAGAAUCAAUUUAGACAUAGAAUGAAAGUAUAAAAUUGCCUGAGUAAUAGCCUGUGCUAAGCAAAAUUCAAAUUAUGCUCCUCAGUAAACUAAUAUCUUUUGACUCUCUUGAUGCUUAGAAUUCUGAUGAUCUUAAAAAGAAGCUGUAUAAUUUCUUCUUUAAUUGGUCAAAGGAUCUUGGCUAUGGUGAUGACAAUGUGGACAAGAUAAAGCUAAAUGAUCUUGAAACAGAUAGUAGAGGAGGAAGGGCAAAUUUAAGUGAUGAUUAAGAAGAAAAGAGAAAGAGGCUUCAGCUUAAACUAGAUUAAGAAUUAAUAGAGUUCGAGGAAAGAGGAGGCUUUGCAAAGGUCUUAAAAGAUAUUUUCAAUCCAUAAGAUAUCAAUUCAAUGGAGUUAGACUCAGUUUUUUAAUUAAAAAUGCUUUGCAGAACUUUCUAUGAAAAGAAAGACAGACUAACAAAUAAUCUUGUUUAAACAUUAGAUGCUUUGACAAAUGAAAGGCCAAAGACAUUGACCAUGAAGAAAAAUAAUCUUAACAUGGAUAUGAAAAACGGAAAUGUACAUGAUGACAUUGAAUGGAUGAGGAUUAACGCUGAGAGAUAACGCAUUUCUUAAUACAGAGAUAUAGCAAAAGAAAGUGCUGUUUUUUACUAUAAAGUUCUGAAGAGAUUCACUGAAGAAAACCAUUAAUAUGAGAAGGAAAAAGCGCAGGAAAAGAGUAUAAUGCUUGAUCCUCAGAUUAAAUUAAAAACCAUUGCAAGAGAAAACACUUUGAAGGACAUACUUUCAUAUAUUACAGAUUAUAUGAGAGCAGUGAUUGAAAAUGGAAAUAAGUUUACAAAAGAUCAUUUGUAUAUGAUGCUUAAGGAGUUAAAUGCUGAGCAUUUAGACGGCUAAUUUGCAAAAUAUCUAAAGAUCCUAAUCGAUGAAUUAGAUUUAAAUCAAUUAGAGUACGAUGAUUUUUUAGUGGAAGUUAGAGAAAAUGAGAUGCUUUUCUUAGCCCUUGAAUCAUUGAGAGGAGAACUCUUUGAAUGA